AUGCCCGCUCUCCGCAGCCAAGGAGAGUUCUUCAUGACCGGAAUCGUACCAGCAGGUCCCCAGCCCGAAGAGUCAGACUGCUCAAUCUGCGCCGAACACCUCGCCGAGGACGUGGUACGAAUAGCUCGCCCAUGCGGCCACAUGUUCCACGCUGUCUGCCUACUUACCUGGCUCCAAGGCGAUGGACGACGAAACCGUACUUGUCCUAACUGCCGCUGUGAGCUAUAUGCGGCGCCAGCUCCAGCACCAUCGAGCUAUGCUCGCACCCGAGAAGGUAUCAUGGAGCGGAGAAUGCAGGCAGAACGCCAGGCCUUCAGGCGUGCAGGAAGAGUUGAGGAAGGUGACCUAAGAUUGGCUCAGCUCGCUUUGGGACGACAGACUGCAGCGACCCGCACAUCGGUUCAUACGGAACCGGUAAACUUUGAUCGUCGCAACAACCGUUCUACAAAUACACCAGAGUCCAUCAGGGGAUGGGCAAGGCGAACCCAAGCUGAGAUGUCUAGACAGAUGACUCCGGAAGAUAGGGAACUCAUGCGAAGGCUGAGACAGACUGCUCAGGAACGAGAGCAGGAACGAGAGGAUGAAGAGGCCCGCGCAGCGCUUGAUAGGCUACCGCCCGGUUCAGAACGUGUCUUAUUCCAGUCUGUGGGCACACCAAAUGCUCCCUGGAGAAGUAGUAUGGAGGAGGCUCUUGAAGAUGGUGCCCUUGUGCGUCCCAGAGAAAAUAGGAGGAACACUAUGCAAAGAAUGUCACAGAUGGUUGCGGAUGGAGAAGCCCCAGAAAUCGAAGAGCUAAUUCGUAGGCAACCGGCUUACCACGCCUUAGGUGGUGAGCCAGCAGCCAGCUCCGCCAAUCAGACGAGGGCAUCGGGAAGAGCAGAAGCAAGGGCUACACUGCAAUCCACGCAUGACUUAGCGGUGGCUGAAAUGAGACAACUGGAAGCAGCGCGUCUUCAAGAUGGGCUCCUACACGACAGUGCCGAAGCAGUAGCACUCGAGCGAAACUUGGCAGAUCUGAAUCGAAUCAGGCGCGACAGCAUACAGCAAAUUCAACAGUUUGAUAGACGAGCCGCAGAGGAAGACCGUUCGUCAGAUGAUUCGAUUCCCAGUAUCAGGGAGCGCAGACGCCAACGCAUGGCAGCUAGACGGGCUGCUGGAGAGGAUAGCUCGUCAGAUGAUUCGAGUCCUAGUAUCAGGACACGUCAACGCCGACGCAUGGCAGCUAGACGGGCUGCUGGAGAGGAUAGCUCGUCAGAUGAUUCGAGUCCUAGUAUCAGGACACGCCGACGCCGACGCAUGUCAGCUAGACAGGCUGCUGGUGAAGACAGCUCGUCGGAUGCCUCGUCAGAUGUCCCCAGCAUCAGGAUGACACGCAUUGAAGCUAUGGCGAACCUACGAGCCGCUGAAGAAGCCAGAUCUCCACAUAAUUCGAACCUCAGCAGCCGACUUGCUAGUGCCGCUGCGGAUUUGGAUUUAAGCAGAGCGAGGACAGCACGAAUAGAGCAAGACAUCCAGACACUGCUAGAUGGAGCCUCAAGGGGACACACCAGCCAGACGCCAGAAUCCUCAGCAACCAACAACAUUCCUCCACAACCUACGCAGUCUGCGGCUCGAGGUCUUUCAAAUGGGAGAACCAUAUACCCGGAUCCGCCGCGAAACACCACCGAACCUAUCGCCCCAGCACGCGAUAUCGCGCCGAGUAGGUUAGCACGAGCCCGUCGUGUCGCAUUGCUGGCCGGUCGUGGCGACGAUGUUCCAGAAGAAGAGAUCGCCGAGUAUUAUGGCUUUCCUGGUCUGACUCAGUUGCAAGAUGAAGCCACUUUUACACGCAUGUCGAACUUGGCGCGCAUGCGCGUUCGCGCUCAAGCUGCUGCUGAGAUGGCCACUGUGGACAUGAUGAAUGAACAGGAUGAUGAGAUUCGAAACUUGUUUUGGCCUGGAAGGCAAGCCAAUGACAACAAUUGA